AUGGAUUUAGUUACUAGUACUGAAAGUAGUUUGGGUGUUUCUUUCUUUCGUAACAUCUUUCGAAGAAGAUGCCUUUACGCGACUGUUGCGGCGUUAGAAAACAGCCAAUUUCGACGCACGCUCGGUUUGCGCUCUCUUGUGAGUCUUGGUGUCGGUGCCGUUGUUGGGGCCGGUGUUUUUGUGAUUACAGGUCAGGCUGCUGCGCUUUACGCUGGUCCUGCUCUCAGUAUCUCAUUUUUAUUAUGUGUAUUUCCGUGUCUCUUUACUGCACUCUGUUACGGAGAACUGGCAGCCAUGCUUCCUGUAGCGGGUAGCGCAUAUACACACGCGGCUGUGGCACUUGGAGAAUAUGCUUCGUGGAUUGUAGCGGUGUGCCUAACAUUGGAGUGUCUUGUUUCUGGUUCUGCUGUUUCAGUGAGUUGGUCUGCAAGCGUUCAAGCCUUUCUGAGGGAAUUUUCUAUUGAUUUUCCCGAGAAGAUAGGAGGUUCUCCAAUUGGUGUCACAGAUGGUGCUUUUGUCUUAACAGGUAAAUUAUUUGACCUCCCAGCAAUGAUGUUAACAGUAAUAUGUUCAGUUGUUUUAUGUUUGGGCGUUCAAGAAUCAGCCACAGUAAAUAAUUUUUUUGUGUUUAUAAAAUUUCUGGUUCUUGGGAUUUUUAUUCUUUAUGGUAUUUAUCACGCUACCACCAACUGGGGAGAUUUUGUCUACAACAUGACUCCAUUUAUUCCUCCUAAUGAAGGUUAUUUUGGUAAAUAUGGUAUAAGUGGAAUUCUUCGUGGAUCAGGUGUGGUAUUUUUUGCUAAUGUUGGUUUUGAUACCAUCUGCGCUAGUGCUCAGGAAUGCCGAAAUCCACAGCGUGAUAUUCCACGAGGUGUUAUCUACACUUUGUUAAUAUGCUCUGGGCUCUAUGUUUGUGUUACUCUCGUUCUUACUGGUAUGGUAAAGUAUACUAUUUUGAAUGUGGAUGCACCUGUGAUAAUGGCACUAGAAAAAGUUGGAGCUCCUGUAUUUUUACGUAUUCUUAUCGAUGUUGGUACUAUUUCUGGACUUAGUUCUGUUUGUUUUGCAUGUUAUUUUGCAAUGCCUCGCCUCACUAUGACCCUUUCUCAAGAUGGAUUAUUACCUCCCUUACUUUCACGUAUACAUCCACAAUUUCGAACUCCUGUAAAUGCCACCAUAUGUUCUGGUAUAGUUGGAGCUCUUAUUGGAGCUUUCUUCCCUUUGGGAAUGCUUGGUGAAAUAAUCUCAUUUGGUACCCUUGUCGCUUUUAUUAGCGUUUGUGUUUCAAUGUGGAAAAUGAGAAUUGAUUUUCCAGAUUUUCCAAGACCUUUUGUAGCUCCAUUAUUCCCUUUUGUACCUUUUAUGGGAAUAAUAUUUAACUGUAUUCAACUCUUCUCAUUACCUAUUGUGGCUUGGCGCAACUACGGUGUUAUUGUAGUUAUGACAUCCUUGUGGUAUAUUUUAUACGGUGUUCAUCAUAGUACUGGCCACCCCUCAAAUGGUUCUUCGCAGCGCACUAUUAGACAAACUGAGACAGUAGUGGGAUCAUGGAGGUCUGAGGAAGAAAAACGUAUGGAGGAUGCAUGUGCUUUAGAGCUUCCACUGGAGCAUAUUGGAAAAAGGAGGAGGUUAUCAGCAUCGUCUAGGACUUGA